UUAAGCGCCCAGUUCGGUGCAUUCCGCUAUUCGCUCUUGAAUCCACUGUCUUCAUAGUAACGGUUUUCCUCAGGAUUUAUAACAGCGGUUGUGCUUGGCGAGGCUCCAGAACAAUCUGCGCGUGUUUACAACGUCUCUCGCAGAGUGAAAGUUCGACACUACUAAAACAGGUCGCCCCGUAAGAACCGUUCUCUGACGUCAACUUUGGAGACACACCUUCCUUCGUGCGAAUAGUAUGGCAAACGUUAAAGAUUACCUAUGUCAGUUACUGGAGAAGGCAUGUGAACACGGUGAUGGUGGAGUCUCGGAGAUUGUUUGGGCUGUCUACCGCAACAAACCAUCAGCUUACUUUGAUGAUAUCCAAAACAACAAGGACAACCUCAUGGAGAAAUACCCUAAAGAUAAAGGAGGGGACCCGCGCUGUCCUCUAAACGGAAGACUCAAAGGUCUGUUCUUUGGAGUGACCCUGCGUGAUGGCGCUCUGCCAUGGAGUUCACCUUUCGGAGACACGAGAGUAACAUUGCCCCUCAGUUCAGUCUUCUAUGAAUCUACUAACUUGUAUUUCGCAGACUUCUUCUGUAUGCCUACAGGUGCUGAUACUCAUUAUGUGAUCUUGGUGAUCACAAAGAAUGGCUCGGAGUCCGAUCGGUUCUGUAAGCAGGAGCUGCUCGAAUUGGAUCCUUAUGACAACAUGUUCCUUUUCUGGCAGAGAGGCCGAUACAAGGCACUUUCCCGACAGGGACUGUGGCUAGAAGUGUUCUAUACAGAGGAUGUGGAUAUAUCGGGUUUAGCGCUUACACCAACUGCUGUGUUGGGACAAGGUCAUAGCUCAGGAGGAAUAGGCAAAGAUCCAAGUUGUCGCGUGUGUAAUGUCGGGCCUGACACCAGACCUCAACAGAGGCUGCACCUCAAGGAGCAAAUUGCUGGCAGAGGUGAUGGAGGAGCAAAUCAGAGGGAGAUGGGGUAUGGAGGAUCAAAUCAGAUGGAGGUGGAUGAUGAAGGAUCAAAUCAGAGAGAGAUAGGUUAUUGGGGAUCAAAUCAGAGGGAGAUGGGUUAUGGAGGAUCAAAUCAGAGGGAGAUGGUUAAUGGAGGAUCAAAUCAGAGGGAGAUGGGUUAUGGAGGAUCAAAUCAGUGGGAGAUGGUUUAUGGAGGAUCAAAUCAGAGGGAGAUGGGUUGUGGAGGAUCAAAUCAGAGGGAGAUGUUUUAUGGAGAAUCAAAUCAGAGGGAGAUGGGCUAUGGAGGAUCAAAUCAGAGGGAGAUGGGUUAUGGAGGAUCAAAUCAGAGGGAGAUGGCUUAUGGAGGAUCAAAUCAGUGGGAGAUGGUUUAUGGAGGAUCAAAUCAGAGAGAGAUAGGUUAUUGGGGAUCAAAUCAGAGGGAGAUGGGUUAUGGAGGAUCAAAUCAGAGGGAGAUGGUUAAUGGAGGAUCAAAUCAGAGGGAGAUGGGUUGUGGAGGAUCAAUUCAGAGGGAGAUGGGUCAUAGGGGAUCAAAUCAGAGGAAGAUUCGAUAUGGAGGAUCAAAUCAGAGGGAGAUGGUUUAUGGAGGAUCAAAUCAGAGGGAGAUGGGUUAUGGAGGAUCAAAUCAGAGGGAGAUGGGUUGUGGAGGAUCAACUCAGAGGGAGAUGGUUUAUGGAGGAUCAAAUCAGAGGGAGAUGGUUUAUGGAGGAUCAAAUCAGUGGGAGAUGGUUUAUGGAGGAUCAAAUCAGAGGGAGAUGGGUUAUUGAGGAUCAAAUCAGAGGGAGAUGGUUUAUGGAGGAUCAAAUCAUUGGGAGAUGGUUUAUGGAGGAUCAAAUCAGUGAGAGAUAGGUUAUUGGGGAUCAAAUCAGAGGGAGAUGGGUUAUGGAGGAUCAAAUCAGAAGGAGAUGUUUUAUGGAGGAUCAAAUCAGAGGGAGAUGGGUUGUGGAGGAUCAAUUCAGAGGGAGAUGGGUCAUAGGGGAUCAAAUCAGAGGGAGAUUCGUUAUGGAGGAUCAAAUCAGAGGGAGAUUCGUUAUGGAGGAUCAAAUCACAAAGGAGAUGGGUAACGGAGCGGCGAAUCAAAACCGGUGAAUCAUUCAGAUCAGAUGAAGGUCAAAUGAUGAUUCAUUCGGGGAUGGUUGAAGGUACUUUCCAAUCUCACUCAAAUGUUAGUCUUGCUGUAGGGGAGUUACAUUACACUUUCACUGUACAGUCACCGCAUGCUGACUGUUACGGAUGAUUGAGCCCAACCUUGCUUUUUAUCAAUAUUAAAUUCUGUGCCAACGUUGAACUCAUUCACCAGAUGAAGGAGUAAGCAUAUACUCCGGAGCGUUGUGUUCCUCAUAAUAAAGAAGUUGACAUUAAUUCGCUCUCUUAUGUAUAUCACUUCUAAAUGGCACUCAAACGCUUGACAUUUAUGUAGAUCAACCCGGCAUCGGUAAUUACUAUUCUACAUGGUUGUGGUUUUUGCCUUAUGCUUUUGGCCAUUGUUUAACUGUACAGAUUUUCUCGAAAACCGCCAUGAACCAUAUACAGCGCUGAAACUUGGCAUACACCAUUAAGGGAUAAAUAUGUGGAUCAAGUUUUAAAAUCAGCAUGUCCCUUGUUUUUCAUUCAUAGUGCGAGGUGCCCAACAUGGUGACGAACUAUACAGUCAGUUAGAUGGUAAAGGGUUAUUAAAAUAAUGACAAAUACGUACACCUCACCGUGAACUGACAGAAAUAGUUUACUAACUUAGUGAAUUUCACUGUCCACCCAGACACCAAAAUGUGAGUAAACUUCACUACAGUUAGUAAAUGUUUGCUAAUUAGACUAGUAGAUGGCCGAUCGUAGAUUAGUAAAU